AUGGACAUUCUGGACACCGAUGUGUGGAGCACUUGGCCGAGAGGCUGCGGGGACAUGCUUCCCAAAGUCUUGCAGACGAGACUGGCCAACAAGCCCAACUUGACAGACGAACAUCUCCGAGACGCCGUCCUGGAGGCCUGUGCGCUGGUGGAUGAGGAGUUUCUCUGCUGGGCGCGGCAGCAUGAGGCGAUGGACGGAUCGACUCUGCUCUUGGCCUUAGUCUACGCCGAGCCAGGCGGUGCUUACAGGCUCUUGGUGGCCAACGUGGGUGACUCCCGAGCGGUGCUCUGUCGCGCGGCCAAGGAGCCCUUGGCCCCGCAGCCUCUCCAAGCCUGCCGCCUCUCCGAGGACCACAAGCCCAACCGCCCUGAUGAGCAGCAGCGCAUUGAAGCUUUGGGCGGCGUGGUGGACCUCUACGGCGUCUGGAGGGUCUUCUGCCCGUCGCAGGUCUUCUUUGGAGGCCGUGCCAUCCCGCGGUGGGGCCUUGCAGUAUCCCGAGCCUUCGGCGACCUCCUUCUCAAAGAGCCCCAGAAGUAUGGCUGCGCGCAGGUCCGAGGCGGUUUGGUCACCGCUGAGCCAGAGUUGCGAGUGGUGGAACUGGACCCUGCAGUGACAGGCUCAGUGCGGUUCGUGGUGGUGGUGGUGUCAGUCGUCCGGAUACGGCACAGUCUGCGACGACGGUAG